AUGGAUUCAUUCAGCAUGAUGGUGGCUUUGGUCAUUUAUUUAAUUUCUGGUGGAUCGUUCUGCUUGUGCCUGCUCAAGCAGAAAUGCCAAGUACUUGAAAAGAAAUAUUUUGCCCCAUUUCUGGAUCUAAAGUUCAAAAAGUGUGAUGAAUUUGAGAAGCUGGAUUUCACUGUUGCAGUUCAUUGUGACAUGGUGGACAAUAUAAGCAAGACCCUGAAGGAGAUACCUGUGGAAACGGACUGGCUUUGCCUGACACUAUACCAGGGUGUGGCUGUGCAGGCAGAAGCAUUCUCCAAACUCAAAAGCUUGAAAGCACUUUCUAUCUCUGGAUGUGUGGAGUUCCUGCCAGGGGCUUUCACUGGUCUUUCUCAACUCUCUGUCCUCUGGAUAGAAUCAGAAACUUUUCGUGUGGACAUCACUUUCCAUGAGGAUACAUUUCGUGGUUUAAACUCACUGCAAGAACUAAAACUAUCUGGUAUAGACUUCUCAUCAUUUAGCUUUGCAAUAUUUAACCAUUCAUUAUUUAACCAUCUCCCUCAACUGGACCAUCUGAUACUAAAAAACAACAAUGUGACACAUCUGUCUAAACUAACAACAUCACUAGGAAGAUCCAGAAAUUUACCCAAUUUACGCAAACUUUCAGUAAUUGAUAACCUUCAGAAUCUAACAGAAGAAGAUUGUUUUAAAUCACCAUAUCCUGGGACUGAUGGACAGAUUGCACAGUAUGUAGAUUUCAAUAUCAGUUUCCUAUAUUUGAGUGACAACCAAUUCAUACAAAUAGAUAAUAAUUCUCUGUGCAAUUUCCCACACCUAGAGGUGUUUCAAUCGAUAAAAUCUUUCCAUGACAUUGAACAAAUAAUCAAGUUGGGUAUUAAAACCAGCAAAAUUAUUUCACUGCCUCUCUUUGAGAACGAGACAAUUGCAAUUUGCAAAUGUGCGUUGCAGUUAAAAGUUGCAGAACUUUGGGUAAUAGGAGCUUGCUUAGAGGAAAUUGAUACUUUCACUGGCUCAUGUGAAACCCUAAGAAAUUUAGACCUUUCCUAUAAUUUUAUUAAAAGAAUCAGCUUUAUGCAAUUCCAAAGUUUAAGUAACUUACUGUCGCUAAAUUUAUCAAACAAUGCUUUGGAGAAUCUAAACAUUUGUAAGGAUGAAUUCACCCCAAGGAUGCAAUUAGUUUACCUCAAUGUAUCUAACAACAGGUUAACUAGACUUUAUAAAGGACAGUUUGCCUGCUUAGGAAACCUUCAGAUCUUGUCCUUAGAAAAGAACAACAUUAAUAUCAUUGAGGACUUGGCUCUCGAUGGCUUAUCUCACUUGGGUGUGUUAAAUCUUCAGUAUAACACCUUAUUCACCAUUAGCAAUGUUACAUUUGCCAAUCUGCUUUCAUUAACACAUCUAAACUUAUAUGGGAAUAUGAUAUAUGAACACGGCGCUGUUUUCAAAGAUCUUGAGAAACUUCAAGAACUAAUGAUGACAUAUGAUGUAGACGAUUACUAUUACUGGUUUAAUUAUCUUCAUUUACCUCUGAUACAUCUGAUGGCAGACACAAAAUAUAUGAUACUUGAGAAUGAAUUUUAUUCUGGUUUUUCACAGCUAGAGGUUUUAGAGAUGGAGGUAUUGAAGAUCAUGUCAAACUGUUCAUCUCAGUAUGUGUUUCGUAGUGUUAAAGAGUUGUACCUAGAAAAUGUUGUAAAUUAUGACUGUUUUCUGCCUGAAACACACCCGCUCCUAACAUUUAUUAAUCUUGAAAGAUUUCACUACAUUGGAAAUCCUGACGUUUUUUCAGACACCACACUAAACUCUCUUAAGGAUGUACCUUUAAAGUUUCUUUAUCUGCAAGAUACUGACAGACUCCUUAAAUACGGUCAGGUGAAUGUUUAUAAGAUGUUUCAAGGGUUGUCACAGCUCAAAGUUUUACAUUUACAGAAUUCCGGAAUCAAUAACUUGGAUUCCAAAGACAUGUUUAUGGAUCUACGUCAACUAGAAUUUCUGGUCAUUGAAAAUCAGGACAUUGAACAAGUGAAUGAAGCUGCUUUUGAUUCAAUGCCUAAUUUGAAGUAUAUUUAUUUUGUGCAAACAACAUUUCCUUGUAAUUGUAAGUUCAAGGGGCUGUUAUCUUGGCUGGAAUCUGGCACUAAAGUGUCCAUUAUCAAUUUUCACAAUCAGUCAUGUCAGAUUAACCAAAACACCUCAAAUCUGGUUUCCUUCCUUCACAGUAACUGUCACACAGAUUUGGAUCUGAUCAUGUUUGCAGUGACCUUUGUGUUCACACUGUUGUUCAUGUUUAUAUCCUUCUGCUAUGAAAAUAUCUGGUGGUAUAUCCUCUACCUGGUCUACACAGUGAAAUGCUGGCUAAACCACAGACACCAGGAAGGAGAGCAUUAUGAAUAUGAUGUUUUUGUCUCGUACAAUGCACACAAUGAACUGUGGGUCACCGAGAAUCUUCUUCCUUGCCUGGAGCAGACUGGUCCUCCUUUCUUCCGAGUGUGCAUCCAUAAUCGGGAUUUUGAGGUCGGAAAAGACAUUGUGGAGAACAUCAUGGACAGCAUCUAUAGCAGCAGAUGGACGGUCUGUGUUAUCUCCCGCACUUACCUGCUCAGUAACUGGUGCUCCCUGGAGAUGAGGAUGGCCACAUACAGGCUUUUUGCUGAGAGUAAGGACUCCCUCAUCCUGGUGUUCCUUGAUGGGAUCUCUAGAGAAGAGCUCCAGCAUUAUAAUAGACUGACUAAACUGCUGGACAAGAAGACCUACCUGGACUGGCCAGGUGAUGAGAAGGGACAGCAGCUCUUCUGGGCCAGACUACGGAAAGUCAUUGCCAAGUCUGGAAGAAAGACUUCACUGAAGAGAUACUGA